AUGUCCACAUCGAAGUAUACCUCCAAGCUCGCCAACCAGCGAGUUCUGAUCCUCGGUGGCAGCUCAGGAAUCGGCUUUGCCGUCGCUGAAGCUGCCAUCGAGUACGGUGCUCACAUCAUUCUCUGCAGUUCCAACCAAAGCAAGCUUGACAAUGCCGUUGCUCGCCUGAAAGCAGCUUAUCCCACCCAAACCUCCACUCAAACUAUCAUCACCCAUGUCUGCGACCUCUCCGACGCCGCCAACCUUGACACUGCAUUGGAGACUCUUUUCCAGGUGGCCACAGUCAACGGGGCGCACAAACUCAACCACAUCGUCACUACAGCCGGAGAUGGAGUCAAUGUACCUCCUCUAGACCAAACCGACGCGCAAACGGCCUACAAGGGCAUGAAUGUGCGCCUUGUCGCUCCAAUCGUGAUGGCCAAGUUCAUCCCCAAGUAUGUUGAGUCUUCGCCGUCAAGCUCGUUUACUUUGACUGGUGGUGUACGGGGCCGCAAGCCUGGACCGGGCUGGUCUGUCGUUACGGCUGUAUCUGCGGGAAUUGAGGGGCUUGCUCGUGGAUUGGCGCUGGAUUUGGCACCUGUGAGAGUUAACACUGUUGCUCCGGGUGCUGUAAACACAGAGCUUUUUGCUUCAAUCCCCGAGGGGAUGCGGGAGCAGGUAUUCAAUUCAUUUAAGGACCAGUCGACUACUGGAACUGUGGGAAGGCCGGAGGAUUUGGCGGAGAGUUAUAUUUACUUGAUGCGGGAUCAAUUUGUGACUGGGUCGGUGAUUGAGUCCAAUGGUGGAAUUUUGUUGAAGUAA